AUGUCCGCACACUUUUACGCACUAAGAAGCCGAGUCCAUUUUGUGAGGUUCGAAAGUUUUAGUCUCGGACCAUACGUCAAGGAUGACAACAACAGGCUGAGACGGAAGAGCAAGGCUUUGAGAAAAGUCCUUCUUGUCAGGCGGCCUUUGAGACUGGGAAAAGACAACACUUCUUGCGAGCGCCACAUUACGAGUGUGGUUGGGUGUGGCGAAACCGAUCGGUCGCCGUCCCUUCGUCAAGGGUCAGGGCAACAGAAGAGGUGCGACGCCGGGCCCGGGGGGACGAAGGACAGGGUUAAUGGCCGGUACAGUCGAGCUGAGAAGGUAACGGUGGGCAGGUCGAGCCUGACAACACGAUUAAGGUCACCCGGUGUCAGAUCCACCUGCUGGGCCGUGAGUAGAAAAUACGUAGUUUGGCUUAUUGACGCAUACGUGAAGCGUCAAGGGCGGGCAAGACGACCGAGGCAGAGGGCAGGCGAAAAGGGAACUGGCAACCGGUUCGGAAGAGAUCAGGCAAUGUCAGUCCUGUCUCCCAGUCCCCCUUUGUCAGUGUGCGCAGGUCUGCGUCUGCCCACAAGUGUGAAUCCCCUCUUCAGCCGGACGUUCGAUCAUCUACACUUGUCCUCUCUCAAACGCCCAUCCAUACCCUCUUUCAUCCAGAGGCCAAUUAUGCACACACACACAAACACACACUCACCCAUUUCCAGUCAAACUCUGAACUCACUGACCCAUCAUCUCAAAGGCUCAUUGUCUCUUCCGCCCCUUCAGCCGGCCAGCCAGCCAGCCGGCCAACCAACCAACCAACCAACCAACUAA